AAACCCAAAUCAUCUCCACUGAGCGCCACCGGUUGGGACCGGCAUUAUAAAAGCCCUAACGAGCGCGUUGGCAGGAUCCUCUCUCUCGUGCUGCGAGAUUUCCUCUCUUUGUUGUCUUCCCCUUUUCCGUUCGACUUCAGAUAAUUUUAACUUCAGGUAGAUGUCUAGUUGAUGACACAUAAAUGGAGAUAAAGACUUGCGGGAAGCCAAUUGAUUCUUUGCUGGAGAAGGUUCUAUGUAUGAAUAUUCUGUCUUCUGAUUACUUUAAGGAGCUUUAUCGUUUGAAGACAUACCAUGAAGUGGUUGAUGAGAUUUAUAACCAAGUUGAUCACGUGGAGCCAUGGAUGACUGGUAACUGCCGUGGUCCUUCAACAGCAUUCUGCCUUCUGUACAAGUUUUUCACCAUGAAACUUACUGUUAAGCAAAUGCAUGGGCUUUUAAAGCACGAAGAUUCUCCUUACAUCAGAGCGAUUGGAUUUCUAUACUUGAGAUAUGUUGCAGAUCCAAAGACUCUCUGGACUUGGUUUGAACCGUAUGUUAAAGAUGAAGAGGAGUUUUCACCAGGAUCCCAUGGACGAAUGACUACAAUGGGUGUUUAUGUGCGUGAUUUGCUCCUUGGACAGUAUUACUUCGAUACUCUUUUCCCUCGUAUUCCAGUUCCUGUCUUGCGGCAAGUUGUGGCUAAUCUCGAAAAGUUGAAGCUUCCUAGCAAACAUUCAGGUGUGACUGGGGAAACUCAUCGAAUAGGGUCUGAAGACACUGCACGGCGACCCCCUUCUGUUAAAGCUUCACUUUCUGUUUCCUUUGGACAACGAGCCCCACAUCGUGCCUCAACUAGGGACUCAUCUCCUGUUCGUCGUACGCUGCCACCAUCAGCUAAUGAUAGAGAUAACAGUGAUGAUCUACGAAGAUCUCCAAGCAGUCGUCGUAGUCAAAGUCGUGAACAUCCAGAUAGUAGGGAGAGGAGCAGGGAUAGAGAUUAUGACAGGGAGAGGAGCAGGGAUAGAGAUUACGACAGGGAGAGGAGCAGGGAUAGAGAUCACGACAGGGACAGGGACAGAGGAAGAGAUAGGGACCGAGAUCGAGAAUAUGAUCGGGACAGAGAGAAGUAUAGAGACCGGGAGAGGGACCGAGAUAGAGAGAGAGAGAGAGCUAGGGAUAGGGAAAGGGACAGAGAGCGGGACAGAGAACGAAGUUAUGAUUAUGAUCGAAGGACUCAUUAUAACGAUAGAGAGAGUAGAAGGGACUUUGAAAGGAGUAGUCGUGAUGGUGGCUCUAGGCAUUAUCGAAGGAGUCGUAGCCGAAGUAGGAGCCGGAGCAGAAGUCGAAGUCUACAAACGGGGAAUGCCCAUCACGAGCGAGAGCCGAGCCCUGCAAGGGGUGGAACUACAGAGAAGACGUCUAGCAUAUCGAGCAAUCUGGCAAAACUAAAAGAUAUCUAUGGUGACGUGAGCGAGCAGAAAGGGGAUUCGAGCAAAGAAAGAGUUAAUAGAAGGGAUAGUAGUGGUGAAGAAGUGAUUAGACUGGGUGGUUACUGGAAAUAGUGAAUGGUGAUGCUCUAUCUAAUACAAGAACUCCAUUGUAUUCAAUACACCAUGUUAUCUUCACUUAGAAAACAGAAUUUAGUCUCUAUUGGAAAAGGGAAGAAAAAUCAAUGUAUUUGCCACUUGGAAUUUUAUAGUAUUCAUCAUCUCUCCCAAUCAAUCUAUUUUAUCAGUUGAAUGCCUUGAAGACUUCAGGCAAAAUGUAAUACAUGCAACCAUGGUGGCUGUGUAUGAGAUUAAAAUUUGACUUCAUUACUGUUCUUCUAUGUUGGGUGGACAAGAAA